GCGAGCUUCCCGGGACCAGCGGCUGCACCGAGAGAUCGAGGGAGGGAGGGAGGAAAUACAGUCCCUUCACCCCCCCCCUCCUCCCGACGUCCUUGUCUUCCAGCCUGGCCGGCGCGGGGUGAAAGCAAAAGGUUCUGAUGCCUCGAUAGAUGAACCAUGAUAAAAUAUGAUUGUUCUGAGACAUUACGCUCUUCAAUGGAUUGUAUGCAGAAAAACCUGUGAAUGAGAGGAGCUUAUCAGCAAAUGUUGGAACAAUGGGUGUGAAUUAGCCCCAGCCUUUAAAGACCUUACAAGGGGGUGGAAAAAGCAAAGUUAUUUUUUCUUUUCUUGGAUUACAAUGCAAGUGAUGAGUUGCCUGUCAUUUGUAAAUGACAAAGAGAAUGCAAGUUCUCCAUCUGUCUCUGAUUUAAUCCCUGAGGCACCGACACCAUCACCUUCACCUCCAGGGCCUCCACCUCCGCCUCCACCUCCACCUCCUCCUCCUCCUCCUCCUCCUGCACCACCAGGACUCCCUCCUCCACCAUCGGGUUCCCGAGCUGGUCAUCAAAAACGAAUUCGCAGUUUCUUCUGGAAAACCAUCCCUGAGGAACAUAUUCGUGGAAAAACAAAUAUUUGGACAAUUAGUGCAAAAGAACACUCUUACAGGAUUGAUACCAGGACUAUUGAGGAGCUGUUUGGUCAGCAAGAUGACGUUAAAAUUAAGUCUGGGACGGCAAAUUCAAGAUCCUCAUUUAAAAGCAGCAGCAAAGAGAUCAAUAUUUUGGAUUCAAAAAGAAGCAUGAACAUUGGAAUAUUUCUGAAACAAUUCAAAAGGUCGAAUCAGUGCAUCAUUGAAGAUAUUCGGACUGGAAAGAGUGAGGCUUAUGGAUCUGAAAAACUGCGCGAGCUUCUCAAAAUAUUACCAGAGGCAGAAGAGGUAAAGAAAUUACAAGCCUUCAAAGAUGAUGUGAACAAGCUGUCACUUGCAGAUUCAUUCAUGGUGCUGUUGAUACAGGUUCCAAGCUAUGCUCUUCGGAUGGAAGCCAUGAUUCUUAAAGAAGAGUUUACUCCUGCCUGCUUCGCAUUACACAAGGAAAUGAAAGCAAUGCAAACAGCUACAAAAGAACUGAUGACCUGUGAGGAACUUCAUGCAAUUUUACAUUUGGUUCUACAGGCAGGCAACAUCAUGAAUGCUGGAGGUUAUGCAGGAAAUGCUGUGGGUUUCAAAUUAUCUUCUUUGUUGAAACUAGCAGACACAAAGGCAAACAAGCCAGGAAUGAACUUGCUGCACUUUGUUGUUCUGGAAGCACAAAAAAAGGAUGCUGCUCUUUCAGCUUUUCCUGAAAAGCUAAAGCAUGUUCAGGAGGCAGCCAGAUUGUCAGUUGAUAGCAUUAAUGCUGACCUACAUUCACUUGUCAGUAGAACAAAAUGGAUGGAAGUACAUUUAAAGCAAGAUGUUGAACUACUUCAUCAAAUGGAGGAUUUCCUUCAGCAAGCUUUGAGAGAAGUGGACAGAUUAGAGGAAGAGCGGAUGGAAUUGCAGAGGGAAGCCAACACUCUCAUCGACUUCUUCUGUGAAGACAAAGAAACAAUGAAAUUAGAAGAAUGCUUCAAAAUUUUUCAAGACUUCUGUGAUAGAUUCAAAAAAGCUGUUAAGGAAAACAGAGACAGAGAAAUUAAAGAACUCCGUCAACAGCAGAGGCUAAAGGAAUUGGAAGAGAAACGGCAUUCAUGGGCUGCUGGUGAACGAAGUGUCUUUGGAAGGAGCAGUAGUGAAAAUGAUGUGAAACUGCUCAUCACGGAUGGACUACAUGACCUUAUAGCUUUCACUCAUCUAAGAUCUCAAAGCCCUGGGGGUUUAAAGAGAACUAGAAGCAGACGCACACGGUUAUCCGAAAGCACUGCUAUUGACAGCCAUCUAUUGUCAUUUUUACAGGCUGCUAGUACAGAUGAACAAGCUAAAUCAAAUAGUAUGCCUCGUUCUGUUGCACGUUGCUCUAGACAGAGAGCAGCUUGGCAAGAGGUGUCAGAAACUCGAGAUGGAAGCUUAGAUAGUACCUACUUUGACUCUGAUCAGGGCUCUGCUCAUGACACAGCUAUAAAAGAUGGCCGUCUCUGCAUGGCUUCGGCUGAGCCUUGUACUACUAGGAAUACAGAGACUGCUUCUACACAGAACUUCAGUAUCACAAAAACUGCAAGUGAAAUAGGACAGAAUGGACAAGAUGCCUACAAUAACAAUGAGAAUAUAGUAAAGGAUAGGGGUCACACAGAGUACAGAGACACCACAAACUUAAACCAGAUGAUUGCCUCUAAACAGCAACUUGAGCAUCUAGAAGGUUUACAGACUUUCAAUUACUCCAAUUUUAAAGUAGCUGACUGUAGCCAAAUGACGACUUCUGAUGAGGUUACACUAACAGACCUGGAGUACACCGAAGACUUGAGUUUGCAGACUCCUUCAACAGAUGUGGGUUUGCAGACGCCUAGUACUGAUGUGAGUGUACAGACGCCAAGUACAGAUGUGGGGGUGCAGACGCCAAGUACAGAUGUGGGUGUGCAGACUCCUAGUACAGAUGUGAGUGUGCAAACUCCUGGUACAGAUGUGAGUUUGCAGACUUCUGAUACAGACGUGAGCCCCCUGAUGUUUGGUACUAGUUUAGGCAUUCAGACUUCUACCGUCUCUGAUUCUAGUGUAUUUUCUUCGAGUCUAGUCUCAAAGAAACUUAGUUGUGAUGAUGGUGGAUUUUACUGCAUUACAGGUUCUCUGCAUUCACCACAGAAAGUAAAGAAUGAAAAAAGCACUGAAAUAUCCAUCCAGAGUUCAGAUGCAAUAACAACACCUGAUGAUUCUGUUUCAAAUAAGGAGAGCAGAACCGUGUUUUUUGUUUUGGGAUACACAAGUGAUGGAGGAGAUUGUUCUGAAGCCUCAGAGAAAUGUGAAGUAAAAGCUGACUGCCAGGAAAUCGAAGAAGAAUCACAAGAGAAAUUUGAAGGUCCUAGCAGAGAUCAGACAGAAGUUUCUAACAAUUUGGCAGUCGUGAAAAGGGACAUUGCCCCCAUUCCUAUCACAAAAAGUACAAACAUUAACAAUGAUACUGCUCUUGAGGCAGCCUCUGAGAAAAUAAACUUACCAAAGGAAGCAAAGCAGAUUUCCAGUUUAAAGCAGCCCAGUACAGUUAAAGGAAAAGCCUUGCCCACUCCAAAAACAACUUUGCAAUGUUUAAACAGUGCAGAUCCUCCUAAAUCUUCAAGGACAACAAACCGCCCUAAUAACGAGGAAAUAAAAAGGGUCUUGCCGAUAUCAAAGUCAAGCAGAAGAUCAAAUAGUGUCAAAAGACUAGAAGCAAAAGCAUUAAGCAGUGAUGAACCAAAACACUCUCAAAAGGCCUUAGGUUCAAAUUGGCGAGAUAACUGGUCAAAGACUUCUCGCAGGUCCAGCUAUCCAGUGACAGAACAAAAGCCAACAAAAGAGAUUGUUGCUUUGGGUAAUAGUAUCCCAAAGCGGAAAGACUCCUUCAGAAAACCUAGUGCUAUGCCAGUCCGAAAUAUCUCCAAGCCAAAGCCUGAUGAAAGCAGUAAGAUCUGUCGCUCAGUUACAAGAGGUCUCCCUAAGCCCAGCACAAACACAGGUGGAGCAACAGAAACCAUGGAGGGAAAUAGUUUAGCCAUGCCAACUUCUAUCCCCAGCUUUGCCAGAAAUACUGUGGCCUCUUCCUCUCGACGCCAGAGGACAGACUCCAGACCAAUUCCCAGCACACCUCAGCAGACUGCCAAGGCAACAAAUCUCACCAGAGCAGUUUCACAAAGACAAACUGUGGCCAAGUACACUGGAAUAAAUCAAACAAAGAGCAGUGAAAAUCCUAAUAUGAGAAGGGCAAGUACCCAAAAACUGGGGAGCAAGACUGAAGAGGAGGGUAAGGCACCAACAUACAAAUCACAGUCCACUUACACAGGCAACAACACUUUGCUAAAAUCAACCGAAAAGAAACAUCUUCCAACCACAGAUUCCAUUAGAAGCAAGAAAACUCCAGAAAGGGCAUUGAAGUGGAAGUGAAAUGCAUUUUUUGAUGUGUAGAUUAGGGCAGUAGCAAGUUAAAAGCUUUAUAGACCUUCCUGAAUGGAAGUUCUCCCCUUGUGUGCCUGCAGUUCAACCUUUCAUUGGUAUACAUUGCUGUUCUGCAUUGGGUCAAAACCUGAUAGGUCUUGCCUGUUGGAAUGUUAGACUCCUAGCCAGAGGGGCCAGAGUCUGAAUUCCAGCAUUGACUAAUGCUUGAGUUUCACUCGUGUGAACGAACUGUAAUCAGCCACCUUUUGUGAACCAUCCUUUGUGGCACCAGGAAGUGGAGCAGAAAACUGCCAGGACCAGCUCUGCCUUUUAGAAGUGUUCCUCCUGCCAUUCAGUCAUGAGUUAAUUGAUGUGCACAGAAAUCUGUUGGCCUUACCCUUUUUUGCAUGACACCAGGAGGCAGAGGUUGAAAAUCCAGUGGGGUAAUGAUAAACAAAAUUAAAAACGAUACUCACAUUCAGCAAGCAGCAUGUGGUUUGUGGCAACAUAAUUGCUAAUUCCUCAGGAAGAAGUACCGAUCCAUGGUAUUUUCAGGAUUGAGUUUGAGUGCUGCUUCUCUGUAAUGGAUUUUGAUCCAUUACGUAAAAAUGUCAAAAGCUAAGCUAGCUUUAUAUCUUGUUGCAGUUGGUGAAUGUAUCUUUUUAAAAUGUCAAUAUUAAAUCUUCAAAUUUUUAGAAGAUGGAUAUUUAUAGUUAUGGUGGGCUGCUACUUUCUUUUUAAGGGAAGAAAGUACUGGUGCUAAGGAAUAGAAAUGUAUAGAGAAACUAGUGAACGAAUGAGUGGGCUGAAGCUUCCACUUGAUUACAUAGUUGCAGCACAAUAAUUUAUUUUUUGUAUUGUGAAAUGAAUAAGGUGUAUAAUACAAAGUGCAUAGCAUAAUCUGUACAGUAUUGAUAUACAUUAGCUAAACUCCAUGGAUGGGGUUACCACUCCUAUGUUCAGUCACUUUCACCAAGGGCUCAUUACAGUUAUAGGGAUAGGAAGAGAUUGGAAUUUGAGAUUUGGAGGGACUACUGUUUGUGGCCCUGUUCUGUUUUCUUACAGCUAACGUGGCUAUAAAAUUCUUAAACUUCUUACAAUAGUUGAAAUGAGUUUCUAUGUUGCAGGAGUUCCCUGAGUGCAAAACACUGAACUUUGUAGAGUUCUUACUUUCAAACACAAUAAUAAUCCAUUCAAUGUCGAAUGUUGCUGGUGAAUUUUGAGCACAAACAGUGCCAUGAAACAACACCACACUUUGUACUUAAUGAUGUCCUUAUAUGUGCUAAUAUGUGUAUGGGGAUGUUGCACUGUUUCUUCGGCAGUUGUCUUUUUACUGAUCUAAUUAAAUAUGAAAGCUGCUCAUUUGUCUGCAACUGCUUUGUUAGGCCUGUGCCUGUCCUAGCAAUGGCGUAUAGGACGUUUCCUGUUCUCAUUCUGUAGUGUUUUUUAUGGGGCUAUAUUAUACCCUGAUUUCUCUUCAGGAGCUACUUUAACCUAAAUAUUUAUAUAUUUUUGUUAGAUCUGAGAUCAUUAUAUCUCUUAACAGACACACUUACUGCCUGUGAAAUGGACUAGACUGAAUGUGGGCAGGUUUCUGGUUUCUGAAGCUACCCCCAUUUGCUCGAGAUGAAUUUUUUUUUUAUUGGCAGAUUAAGGAAUUCCAGUCUACCUUUGUUUGUAUUUGAAUUAGCAUGGGAUGUUACUAUCCAUCCACAAUAGUGGUAGAGUUAGUCUAAUAUGACAAAACUGAUUUUCAUCCUGAAGAGCUCACACAGGUCAAUUUAACAGUGUCAUUUUUUUGUCUUCAUAACUGACGUGUUUUUGCCUCAUUUGGAUUAGAGGAUGUGAAAUUAGUUUCAUUGUACAAUCCGCCCCUUGCCUGUUGCGCCCUCAUAUUUGUGUAACAAAUCUAUGAAAGCUGCUUUCCUUUACCUUUCUAUUAGCAUCUGCCCUCAUCAUGUAUUAAAUUGUAAUGGCUCAAUAGCCAUUUCAAAUUUUAAGAUUACCUUAAAUUUGUAAACAAAAGUGAUGUAAUUCUGUAAAUUGAAAUGAAGUGUUGUAGUAUUUGC